CAACGAGUCAGACGAGAUUUGUGCCAUGGAUCCUUUGAAGAACUGCAAAGCGGCAAUACAAGAUGCCUUUGAGAACAUGAUGAAAGUGGUUGCCCAACAGGAGGAGUUGUUGCGGGUCAACUUAGAGAAUGCCCAAGAUCAGAGCCAAAAAGCUGAAGCAGAACGCAAGCAUUGGGAAAUGCAGAGCCAGAUGGCAGAACAGAAGGCAAAGGAUGCGGAUCAACGAUUGCAAGUCAUGGACGAUCUGUUGAAGGAGAUGAGAGAGCUGAAAUCCCAGGUGACCAGAGCUCCAGAGGUUAAUGUCCCCAUGCCUGAAAAGCCACAGCCUCCGUUUCGACCAGAGGCCUCGAGCAGCUCGCCCGGUGGGAUCGAUCCAUCCUGGGGCAUCCAAGGCGCGCCGCCUGAAAAACCGCAAGGCAAUUUCAAGGCACCUCCAGAUGCCUUGCAGGCCAAACAUCAGCGCAAGGCAUCGCCGUGGACACCCGGGCCUGACCUCGCUGGCCCACCAGGGCUGCAGGCACAGCCAAAAGAGGAGGGACCUCUGAAGCGCCCUCCCCCGGCCCCUCCGGGAGGGCAGGCGCAGGACUGGUUUGCGCAAAAUCCCAGAGAAUCGGCAGAGAAUGGAACCAAUGAUGGAAGGCCAGCCAAAUUCAAGGCACCCCCCUCUCCUGCGGGCCCUGCGGGCUUCGAUGCGGCAGGCAUGCCGGGCCCCGGAGGGCAACCGAAAGCCAAAUUUCCUCCGACUCCUGGCAAGGGGCCCUGGAAGUCGCCUCCAGCACCACCACCCUCGCAGUGGGAGACUUCCCCACAGGCGCCGCGUCCGGAUCGUUCUGAACAGCAUCCACAGGAUCCGCCGAACUUGCCCCACGGGCACUACUGAGAGCCUACGGAACCUACGGACGGAACCGCUGGAGUACGGUGACUUUGAUGAGUGAGGUAUGGGUCAAACAUUCGACUGGUUGGUGGUUUC